AUGCAUGCCUCAUGGAAAAUGUACCUUUACGGCAUCGCGCCAUGCACUGGCGGCGUGGCGUUUGGCUAUGAUACGGGCUCGAUGAGCGGUAUCCUAACGAUGCCUCAAUUCCUCAGCUAUAUGAAUUACCCGGGAAACUUCCUCCAGGGUGGAAUCACCGCUUCCAUCCAGGCUGGUUCUUUUGCCGGAUCGCUUCUCACGGGCGCGUUCCUGGCGGAUCGACUGGGCCGUCGCAAGACCCUCCUCUUGGGCUCUUUGAUUUUCACCAUCGGCGUGGCCAUCUCGUGCGCUUCUAACGGUGUCGUUCAACUUGUGGCUGGACGUGUGAUUAACGGAUUGGGUAACGGAUGCCUGGCGAUGAUGGUCCCACUAUACCAGAGUGAAAUUGCCCCUUCUCAAAUCCGCGGUCGCAUCGUGUCUCUCCAACAAUGUUGUAUCAACUUGGGUAUCCUUGUCGCUUUUUGGAUCCAAUAUGGAUCAAGUUAUCUUCCCGGUGACGCGUCAUGGCGACUAGCAAUAGGUCUCCAAAUGGUCCCGACGGUUUCCCUUCAUAUUACGAUGUGGUUUAUGCCCGAAUCACCUCGUUGGCUGGCCCAGCGAGAUGAGCACGAGAAGGCGUUGAAGGUAUUGGCUCGGUUGCAUGCGAAUGGCGACGUCAACGAUCCAUUUGUCCUGGCAGAGUUGACUGAGAUCGAGGCCAAGAUUCAGUGGGAGCGGGAGAACCCGCCACCGGGGUAUCUCGAGAUGCUGUUUGGAUGGGACCGCCGUCGUACGUGGCUGGGAAUUGGAGUGCAAUUCUGGCAACAAGUCACGGGUAUCAAUGUCAUCAUGUACUACGCUGUUUUCCUAUUCCAACAAGCCGGUAUCCAAAAAACGCAAGGCUCGCUUCUGGCCAAUGGUAUCCAGGGAGUCGUGCUCAACGUCUUUACCUGGCCCAGUAUGUUCUACAUGGACAAGUGGGGUCGUCGGACGCCCAUGGUGAUUGGUGGUAUUGGCAUGGGCAUCUCCAUGAUGUUGAUUGGAACCCUUAUGAAGACGACAGGUAGUCCGGUGUACGAUUCGCUCACGAAAAAGACCAAUUUCCACUUCAGCAACAAAUCCGCGUCAAAUGCUACGAUUGCUUUCGUGUAUAUCUAUGUCAUGACCUUUGCUCUGACGUGGGCCUGUGUCGCUUGGGUUUAUCCUCCAGAGCUAUUCACGACAGGCUCCCGUGGACGUGGAACAUCCAUGACCUCGGCGACAAACUGGUUUGUGAAUUUUUGGUUCGCUCUCUACAUCCCCACCGCGAUGAAUAAGAUUUCCUGGAAACUGUACAUGGUUUUCAUGACUCUCUGCUUCACCAUGGCUAUCGCGGUGUUCCUUUUUUAUCCGGAAACUGCCCAGAAGUCUCUCGAAGAAGUGGAUUUCCUAUUUGACAAGAGUCGGACUGUUUGGGUAUUCCGCGAUCGACAGGCCCGCAAAGUGGGCGCCAUUUUCAAACGCGACAUGGCUCAUGGCGAGGCUCUCACCGAGUUCAAUGACAAGAGGAUUGAUUCCGCUCAUAUUGAUCAUGUUGAAGUGACCACCAAUUCCUCCGAUGCCGCAUGA